CGCCGGACUUCAGUGGAGUGCCAGUAACACUUUGCCACCAUACCAAUCGCGUUGUUUACUGAUAGGAUUAGAGACCCUCGCUGAUAGCGGAAGAAAAACAUCGAUUAGUGCAUCUUUUAUUGCUACAGGUUACGAGCUGAGAAUUUGCUACUUUGGUUAUAUUUUUGACAGUUCUGUGAGCGAUGAAGUACCGAUCUCCAGGCAAGGGAUUCCGUGGUUGCGACUAUCGUUCUCGCCUUUUUUGUAACGAGAGAUGCUUGGCCAAACUCGAGAUAGUAAAGACGUAAUUUGUGCGCAACACACUAACACACCGUGAUGAAUUAGUGUUUAGAAGUUAGUGCUUACACUGUCCUUUUCAAAGUUUAAAAUUACAAUGAAAUAUAACAUUUGUACAUUUGUAUUUGUAUUGAAAUCAGCGCCAUGUGUGACUAUUUAUUUUCGUCGAGUAAAACUCAACGCUUUCUCGCACAUUCUGAAGCCGCAGUCGAAUAUUUUAUAAAAGAUCUUCAAACGAAUGACUUCCAUCUAUCAGCAGGAGAAUCCAUCAAAUAAAUACGCAAGAUUAUGCGGGCAUUCAAGCGUUGCUAAAAACGAAGAAAAGACACAGAGCUAACGCUGAUGGACUGAAACUAUGAUGUGUGUUGUGGUUUUAAGAGAUUUAACAACCAUUUAUUACGUCUGCUACCAUUGAGUGUGAUUUUCGUAUCUCUUGUUGUUGUUGUUGAAUCAGACGAACAAAAAAUGAUGUUUUUUUUUUUUUAAUUUGCAAUCUCGAGUUUCAUUUGCAUCAUGAGGCUGGCCUGUUUUGUUUUAAUGCUAUCAGCGAUUGAACAAAAAAUACAUUGUUUCAUUUCAAUGCGGAUCGGCUUCUUCAUCAUUUUUUUGACGUAAAGUUAUUCUUUUCCACUACUUCAAUAUAAAAAGAAGUCACUGUAGCCGCUUUAGCUUAGUCUUUGUCAGCAGAGUGGUUGAAUCCUGGUCACAAUGUACGUUACUAAAAUAGGUGUACUUGUAAUGGUUGCGUUGUUUUCAAUAGCCAAAGUGCGUGGUGUCGAUCGAAAUAUCCGAGAUACAACAUUACCUGUAUUUGCGUUUGAGAUGAUAAUUACGAAGCUAGAGCAUUUACUGGACAAAUGGAACGAAGCGGAAGCGGCAGUGAAACAGGAUCGAGAAAUCGUUGAGCAAAAACUGGCCGCUGUCACACGUAGCAUAAUUCAGCAGGAAAAAACGAUGGACCAGCUUCUCACCAAACAGCAGACUCUACUGAAUCAAAUGCUACAGGACAAAUGGAAUGAAUUGAAAGCUGAAAUGAAGCAGGAUCGAGAAAUCGUCGAGCAAAAACUGGCCGGCCUCACUCGUAGCAUAAUUCAGCAGGAAAAAACGAUGGUCCAGAAUCUCACUAAACAGCACACUCAAUGGAACGAAAUGAAAGCUGAAAUGAAGCAGGAUCGAGAAAUCGUUGAUCAAAAACUGACCGGCGUCACUCGUAGCAUAAUUCAGCAGGAAAAAACGAUGGACCAGAAUCUCACCAAACAGCAGACUCUACUGAAUCAAAUGCUACAGGACAAAUGGAAUGAAUUGAAAGCUGAAAUGAAGCAGGAUCGAGACAUCGUUGAGCAAAAACUGGCCAGCGUCACUCGUAGCAUAAUUCAGCAGGAAAUAACGAUAGACCAGAGUCUCACCAAUGUGAAGACUCAGCUGAACCAAAUGCUCACUGAGCAAACAGUCAACGCCAAGCGAAAAAAGAUGAAACAGGAGAUUCAAAAGCUUGCCUCAAAUAAUGAUUUAGCUCGGUUUAAAGCCAGUUCAGGCUUGUAUCUCCAAAGUAUCUCAUCGGGAUCAUGCAAGGAAGAGCCAUCAAAGGAAUCGGGCAAGUACAUUUUACAAUCAACAGAGAAGGAUGAACCAUUUCUGGGAUACUGCGAACAGACUGCCUUCGGAGGAGGUUGGUUGGUGUUCCAGUAUCGUUACGAUGGAUCGGUGGACUUUUUCCGUAAAUGGACCGAGUAUCGGGACGGAUUCGGCAGCAUGGAUGGAGAGUUUUGGCUCGGAUUGGAGCAGUUACAUCGUUUGACAUCAGCACGAAAGCACGAGCUACUGGUGCAACUGAAAGACUUCGAUGGAAACUACAUUUACGCACGGUAUGAUGAGUUCGCGAUCGGAAGUGAGGAGGAGCAAUUUCCGUUAGCAAAGCUGGGAGCAUACACUGGGACGGCAGGAGAGUCAUUGUUGGUACACAAGGGCAUGAAGUUUGUGACAAAGGAUCGGAACAAUGAUUUAACGCCAAAUACAAAUUGUGCUAUCAGGUAUAAGGGAGCAUGGUGGUACAACAAAUGUCACGAUUCAAAUCUAAAUGGACUUUAUAGGAACAGUGUGGAUGGAAAAAAUAUUGUUUGGUCCCAUUACAAACUUAGAUUAGGAUUGGCAUACACAAGAAUGUUGAUUCGCGAGACGUAAACGCUGGUGAAGUAUAAUUUCCAUCAAAUAAAUAGAUAUUUUGGAACACAAAUGCCCGUUCCGAAGCCAAAGAGUAACCGACAGUUGACUACAAUCAAAUUGUUUUGUAAUUUGUUGAAAUAAAUGUUAUGUGGUAUUGUUUACGUGUCUUUACAAGCCAAACUAUGAGUGUUAACAACUAGUCAUACAAAGCGCUAGGCAACAUUUUUCCCAAAGUGAGUUGAUAUAUCAGGUGGGCUUACCCGGAUGACAAUCCAGCCUGCUCUCACUAUGGCGAGCUCAAUGACAGUAGCUUCAAUCCAUACUGAGAGGCUAUCAUCGUUUCCUCCUGCGUACUGAGCAAGCUUGUUUUUUCCCCUCGCUGAGGCGGGACGAUUUUGUUUGUAUGGUGAGCAAAUCUAUCGCCGAUGAUUGCUCUAAUGAGAUGAUCGGGCAACAGCCGCUCACAUGAUGAAAACAUGAUGAGGUCGAAUU